GGUGGGCGUGGCUGGGAUCCAAGCCAAAGAUGCUGUGCAGUACUUUGAUGAGAAGAAAGCUAAUGGUGAUUGCAAGCUUACUGGGACUGGUCUGUCUUUCCUGCUUCUGGAUGUUCACAAGAGCUGUCAUUGCUAAUGAAGGCUGCAGUGAUGGUCAGAGCAGGCAAUACUUGGAAGAAUUGUGUACCAACUACAGUAGAGGGCUGGUGACUGGGAGCUUGUGCACACCACUCUGCGUUCAACAAGAUAUACAAUUCUCUAGGUGUAUUGGACAUGGUGUGAAACCACACGUCCUAACUGCCUUGUGGAGAGAUACUAGGAUCAUCAUGAAGGCAGCACCAGGAGAUAUUGGUAUUGAGCAACUAUUCCUACCAAUGGAGUCCUCACAAGAUGACUUCUCCAUAACCAAGGACAAGUUUAUUGAGCAUGCUAAAGUGGUUCAAACGUCUAUUUAUUAUGAAAUUUCAAGAGUUAAUCCGCAGUCAGUCACUCGGAUGAUUGAACGCGUGGUUAAGGAGUGUGACAUUGGACAAGACAAUAUGCUAACCAUUGCGGAGGUGACCUCCUGCUGGAUGUUGCUCGAGACCAAAGAAUAUUCAUUCUAUCAACUUCUAAAAGGCAACAGUGCGCUACCAGAACUACUGGGUGUGUGUGGUAAUCUAUACGCUAUGCAGUAUUCACCAUCGGAACCAUUUCUUGGUUUUCUCACCAAUUGGUUUGAAGUUAGAAACUGGAAGUUCAGGGUUCAACUAGCACUGGGCUUACUGGAAAUGGUGAAGACGUUGGAACGUACUGAGUUUGGAACAGUCUACCUUUGUGAUAUACAAGAGAGUAACUUCGGAGUGGUAAGGAGAGUGGACGGCAGUUUAAUUGUUAAAGCUAUUGAUAUGGAUAUUUCAUUCUUCGAUCGUUCUCUCAUCAUGCAAAUUGAGUAUGAGCAGAACAAUACGUGUUCCAGUGAUAAGGAAUGUGACUUUAUUGCUUGCCAUGUCAAGUGUGAUCAGAGAAGGAAGCAAUGUUCCGGUGUUUUGAGCUCCAGCAAUCUCAGAUCAAUUUGCACUCGUAUUUUCCGACGGACCUACUCCUACCAACCAGCACUACUACUCAACCCACCGAAGAGAAUUGCAGGCCAGCUCAAGACACUAUUAGAUCAGUGUGGCCAGUCAGAAUCACCUCACUUGGACUGGAUGUUGCUAAAUCAAUUGCAAACAUUACUCACUGACAGCAUUAAAUUUUUAUGAUUAUUAUUCAUUUACCUUGCAAGGAGCCCCUCCCA